GAAAAGAAAACAAUGUCUGCCAACCUGAAAUACCUCUCUUUGGGAAUUUUAGUCUUUCAGACUACCAGCUUGGUUUUAACAAUGCGUUAUUCUAGGACUUUAAAAGAAGAGGGACCCCGUUAUCUGUCAUCUACUGCAGUGGUUGUGGCUGAAAUUUUGAAGAUAAUGGCCUGCAUUUUACUAGUCUACAAAGACAGCAAAUGUAGUCUAAGAGCAUUGAAUCGAGUACUACGUGAUGAAAUUCUUAAUAAACCUAUGGAAACACUUAAACUUGCUAUUCCAUCAGGAAUAUAUACUCUUCAGAAUAAUUUACUUUAUGUGGCACUGUCAAAUCUAGAUGCAGCUACUUACCAGGUCACAUAUCAGUUGAAAAUUCUUACAACGGCAUUAUUUUCUGUGUCUAUGCUUAGUAAAAAAUUAGGAGUAUACCAGUGGCUCUCCCUAGUGAUUUUGAUGACAGGAGUUGCUUUUGUGCAGUGGCCUUCAGAUUCUCAAGAACUUGAAUCGAAGCAGCACUCAGCUGGCUCUCAAUUUAUAGGACUCAUGGCAGUUCUCAUAGCAUGUUUUUCAAGUGGCUUUGCUGGGGUUUACUUUGAGAAAAUCUUAAAAGAAACAAAGCAAUCAGUGUGGAUAAGAAACAUUCAGCUUGGUUUCUUUGGGAGUAUAUUUGGAUUAAUGGGUGUGUACAUUUAUGAUGGUGAAUUGGUAUCAAAGAAUGGAUUUUUUCAGGGAUAUAAUCAGCUGACUUGGAUAGUCGUUGUUCUUCAGGCACUUGGAGGUCUUGUAGUAGCUGCUGUUAUUAAAUAUGCAGAUAAUAUUUUAAAAGGAUUUGCAACAUCUUUGUCCAUUAUACUAUCAACACUGAUAUCCUAUUUUUGGUUGCAAGAUUUUGUGCCAACAAGUGUCUUUUUCCUUGGAGCCAUCCUUGUAAUAACAGCUACUUUCCUAUAUGGUUACGAUCCCAAACCUGCAGGAAAUCCUACUAAGGCAUAGCUGUCUACUUCUCUGAACAAUUUUUUCAAGAUGGUGCACUAGGAAAUUCUACAUUUACCUUGCACAGAGAAUUUAAUGCAGAUUCUGUGAAGAUAUCAUCAUGUUGAAUCUGAGAAAAUUAUUCAAAUGGUUUGAUAAUAUAAAAGUUUAAAGACAAAAUAUGUAUAUAUGUAACAGAAUGCCUAUUGUAUGUAGGAAUCAAAACUUGAAAGUAUUUCCAGGGAUUAGAUUAACUUUUGGAAGAAACUUGACAUCUGAGUUUAAGAAGAUUUUACUUUUCUGAUUGCUGCAGAAAAGCCCUAUGCACUCUUUGCAAGAGCACACAACAAAUAUCGGAUAUCAAUUUUUAUAAAUCAGAUUUAUUUAAUCUUAUUAAAUGUUUUUUUAUCUUACUCUUUCUGUACAGCUAUAUGAAAUCACACGGAAUACUAAAAGUUUUAAAAUUAUAAUUAUUACCUAUAGAACUGUG